AUGGCAUCAUCAUCACCAAGUGUGGCUUCGACCGAUUCAUACGCGGUAAAUUUCCGUUCCUACAACACCGAUCUGAAUGAUGACGGAACACAUUCAAUCAAACCGAAACGACUGGCCCCAGAUGAAGAUAUUCGAUCAUUACCAGCGGUAGUGCCGAAGGUGAAAUGGGACAAGGAACAGUUUGACGUUCGCCGGCCGUAUGAAAGGAAAAACUACGAACGCCCUUACCGAGAUCUUCCCGGGCAUUUAUCCAGCUUUGAAGGGCUCAACGUGAAGCCACGAAAAUGUACCACCACAAACCCAUUCGCUAGACGGACGCCUAUUGAGGAAGUGUUUCACAAGCGCAACGUCAAGAGUGUUUGUCCGGCGGAAGUACCGCGACCACUGGAGGAUUGCGUUAACGAUGUUAUUGUGGCGGACAAUGUAAGCUCGGCGGAAAGUACAGUGGAGGAAACGGCGGAAGCAGUUGAGAAAGUUGCUGACGGGAGGAGGAUUGUAUCGCGAGAGUGCUGCAAGACAUUUUUCCGUGCCAGAAGAGCAUUGCUGAGAAGUGAAUUGUUUCGAGAGUACUUCAACCGCGAACCAACUGCGGAAAUUGAAGAUCCAACGGCGGAAGAGUCAGACGAUAGUGAAGUAUUACUGGACGACUUGCCAGAUGAGUUGGAGCAGAGUGAUAGCAGUGUGGAUCGGGAACUUACACCAGAAAAUGCGCCUCACCAAGUUCGAUCCGGCUCAGUUGCGUCCUAUCAGCCACCUACAAUAAUGCACAGGGACGAGAAAGUUCCUGUCAUUGAAGCUCAGGAGCAGUUCUUGCACCGAAUGAGAUCUCGAUACCUGCAAAAGUUUGAGCGUGUUAGACAGCAGCUAGAGGACGCCGAACGCGAACGGCACAAAUCUCCUGCACCGUUCGAUGCGGAAAAGUACGAAGCAGAAUACCCAGAGCCUGACAUCCGGAACGAAGCCAAAGCCCAUUUCCGCGAGGCGCUCAGUAACCGGUUGGAGGAACUAAACCAACUACAGCACCGCACGGUUCGUACAUAUCCGGCAUCCGUGCAACAGUUUGCGGCGUAUAAGGCUCAGGUUAUGGAGGAUAGGAGAAAGCUGCGAGAUGAGGCGUUGCUUGUGGAGGAUUACUUUCGCAAUGCCAACACCCCGAAGGAACUACCCGAGGCAAAGCUCGAGGUGAAGCGGUACCGCUUGGCGGAAUUCGGUGUACAUCCUGAUGACUCGGAGGACGAAGGGCGGCUUGAGAAGACCGAACAAAACAAGCGAAAGGAGCCGUUGGCUUAUCACACUUGCAUGACCCGGGAGGAAUGGGGCCACUGGAUAGCUCACAGCACCAAGAUCGAAAAGUUGAAGUUACCCAAAGUCACCGUGCCUCGUGUACCGGUGCUAGUGCAGAAAUGUGACGAGAGUCCAAUACGACUUUACAUCCAGGGAAGCCUGUUGGAUGGCAAUGCAAAAACGGAUAGUUCCCAGGGAGAAACUACCGCUCACCCAAAAAGGAUUAUCCAUUCCACUUCACUCAAAUCUAAGGUUACGAUGCGUGAUCUUCUGUUUGACCCGGUGCCCCAACCAGAACCGAUGGACUACGUGCCCCGCAACGCAAAUCUCCGACCAUAUUCGGACAUUGCCGAGGAACAGUUUCGUAGCGUCAAAGGGCAACGGAAGGUUAGGCGGCAGCUUCGUAAAAGCCGGAUGCACUGGAUUGAGGCACUCGUCGAUGAGAUCUGUAGCCGGAAGCGAUGCUAG